UGUCUUGCGCUCUGAAUGCACUUGUAAGUUUAAUCUCCGCUAAGGAGGAGGGGGAGGAGGAGGAGGAGCGCCAGUGCAUUUGAGGUAUCUCAGUAGCUGUCAGAUACAGUGCUCACAGGAGGAGACAUGAGAAGACAUCUUAUCCAUUGCGUCAGUUUGUUACUUUAUGUUUGAAAUCUGCUUUGUGUGUUGGUGCUCCCAAGUGAUCUGAAGCAGUGAGCUGAGAUUACAAAGAAACCAGUUAGUGUGUUUGGAUAUGCAGCGUCUUUGAUCGGAGGAUUUGAAUACAAAGAAAAAGCGCUGAACCUGAGAAAGGAAAUAAAUUAAGACCUUUCUUAUGUGAGAUGGGAGCCGUGCAGGUGGUCUUGAGCAGCGAGCUGUGAACUUCAUGUGUCGGUCGGGGAAGCACUGAAAUGAGUCGCGGGCAUCACUUUAUAAGCUCUUUGCCUGUCUAGUUGAGCGAGUCAAGCUUCAGUUUGAUCAGCCCUCCUGAUAUUCUCAGAGCAGGAGUCCCAGCGCAUUGCACAGUCCAGCAGGACCGAGGAACUUUUAAAUUUGCUCUCCAGAGGAUCUGGAUCUGGCUGACUUGGCUUUGUUUCUUGUAGACACUUUGCACUCUUUCAUUGAAUUUUCUCUGUGAUAACCGUGCAUCCUCUGAGACAGGAUGCAGGUGUCGUUUGUUUGCACGGACCACCGGUCCAUGAGCCGUAGCACAGAUGACAGGCUCAAUCGACAAAACGCUAACAGUCCAAGCGCAGGUACCCGAAGCAAGUUCAAAGCCGUGGCCAUGGUGGCCAGGAGCCUUGGGCAGCUUUCUGUCCAGAGCGUCCCUUCUUCAAGUGACCAAAGCAUGAGAACUGGCAUGAAGUAUAGAAACCUGGGGAAGUCGGGCCUGAGAGUCUCAUGUCUUGGAUUAGGAACAUGGGUGACAUUUGGAGGACAGAUCACAGAUGAGAUUGCAGAGCAGCUGAUGACUCUGGCAUACGAGAAUGGGAUCAAUCUGUUCGACACGGCAGAGGUCUACGCUGCAGGAAAGGCGGAGAUGGUGCUGGGCAACAUCAUAAAGAAGAAAGGAUGGAGACGCUCCAGUUUAGUCAUUACAACCAAAAUAUUUUGGGGUGGAAAAGCAGAGACUGAGAGAGGACUGUCAAGAAAACACAUUAUAGAAGGUUUGAAGGCAUCAUUGGAGAGACUGCAGUUAGAGUAUGUGGACGUAGUGUUUGCAAACAGACCAGACCCCAACACACCCAUGGAAGAGACUGUGCGGGCGAUGACCCAUGUGAUCAAUCAGGGAAUGGCGAUGUACUGGGGAACGUCACGCUGGAGUCCGAUGGAAAUCAUGGAAGCGUACUCUGUGGCCCGACAGUUCAACCAGAUCCCACCAAUCUGCGAACAGUCGGAGUAUCACAUGUUCCAGAGGGAGAAGGUGGAGGUGCAGCUUCCCGAGCUCUUCCAUAAGAUCGGUGUGGGUGCGAUGACAUGGUCCCCGCUGGCCUGUGGGAUAAUCUCAGGGAAAUACGACAGCGGGGUGCCGGCCUACUCUCGUGCCUCACUGAAGGGCUACCAGUGGUUGAAGGACAAGAUCUUGAGCGAGGAGGGCCGACGCCAGCAGGCGAAGCUGAAAGAGCUGCAGGCAAUCGCUGAGCGGCUGGGCUGCACGCUGCCACAGCUAGCCAUCGGUACGCCUAACCCAAAGACACACUGCCGCUCUCUCUCUUUCUGUCUGUCUGUCCGUCCGUCCUGUGCCUCGCUCAUCCUCUCCCCCUCUCAUCCUCCCCUUCCUCAGACCGCCGGAGCGGAAGCGUCUGUCCGUCUGCGGAUGGCUUCACCAAACAAAUGCGAUUAGUUUGUGGCUGUUAAUGGAAGAGUGUUCCUCCCAGCAUCGUAUUCUUGCUUAAGUGUAGGGAUAAAUAUAAUAGUUUAAAAUCGAUUUUGUAUAGUGUUUUAUGAUGAUCAGUGUGGUAUCUGAGAUGGGAAGUGUUGUGUAAUGCUUUACAGAGAGAAUGGAGUGUAACGUUUCAAAGAAAUAUGUGCUGUACGAUCUAGAGCGAAGGCUUUUAUAAGGACUGCGACGCUUUGAUUUAAGUACAUCCUUUCAAAGUACAGUAAUCUAAUCUUGAGAGCUGAGAGCUCGUGAUCACGGUCUGCUGCACACCGUAAUAGUCCAGUUAAAGGAAAAACCAUCAGAUACAGACACUCAAAGUGUGCGUGUGCUAAGA